UGCAUAAACUGCUCCCAGGCAAGCUGAUGGAGAGCAUGGGGGAGUUUGACCGGGAGUGCCCCAUGGUGAAGCGCUUCUGCCAGCAGAUGUCGGAGGAUGAUUUUGAGCAGCAGGGACUGAGCUACACUCAGCAGGCCCUGGAGGAGCUCUUCAGCGCCAUGGAGCGACAGCCCAAGCUGUGCGAGCGCGUUGUCCGCAAGCGAAAGCAGGCUGAGCUGGAGCGAGGGACCCCGGGCGUGAGCAUCAAGGCCAGGUUCUUCAGCGUGGUGGAGGGCAAGUUGAACCGCUGCAACACAGUGGGGCCAGAUGAACUGCGGGACCGAGUGAGCCAGUUACGUGCAGAGAUGGAGAAGGUGCAGGCGUACGCCCAGGAAGCGAAACGUGCCUCAAGGUGCACCUCCCAACACCCUCCGGAGAAGAGGGACAUUGUGUUGAGCACCAUGGCCAGACAGGAAAAACUCGCACCUCCGCUGUGUCCUGGAGCUUCGUCCGUUGCUCCUCCACCUCCUCCACCGCUGCCCCCUCCUUCAGGCUCAGCGACACCAGUUCGAGACCACGUCAGCCAUCAGCAGGUAGCAGCUACACCGGACAUACUCUCCAGUUACGGUCUCUCCCGACUGAACAGACCUGGAAGCUUCAUGGAUCCCAACACUCCGAAGCCUGACCAUAGAGAAGGCUCUCAUCCCCACCUGGACAUCCAGACAGAGCUGCUGGCUUACAAUCCAGCCAGGAGGCUCAAGGCCACGGGCGUCAGCAGAUCUCCAGGGGGUACGCCCACAGGAAGGCCACCCAUCAGAGACCUUGAGGGAUCUCCCAUCUCUAACUUCAACACUGCUCUGAUCAACAAAUUUAGGAAUGCUCAGAGUCCCCUUGCUGACCCUGGGGUCCCAGACCCUCACGAGAACUCCGACAGCGAGGAUGGCUUCGCCACACCCCCGGCUUCGCCCUGAGUCGUACCCCUCAGCUGAUCCGGUGGGUCUCACUAGCUUUCCGUUGGGACAGUCAUCUCAUACUUCCUACUUGAUGAUGCGCUCCUCCACCUUCAUUCAUGCUAAUAUGCAUAA